ACACACACCCCUCAAUUCUCAAAAGCCUCACCUCCCAGUCCAGAAAAAAAAUGCUCCACCACCACCUCCUCUCCUCCUCCGCCUCCUCCUUCCCUCCGGCCGCCGCGCAAUCCCUCCUCCUCCUCCCGAGACAGCCGGCCGCCAGGCUCCGCGCCCUCCUCGCCAUGGCCGAAGCCGCCUCGACCUCUACCUCGAGCUCGACCUCGAUCCCGUUCCGCCCCCCGCGCGCCGUGCUGGCGGCGGCGGUGCCUUCUCUGGGACCCGAUGAGACCGCCGCGGCGGCCUACGAGGCAUUCCGUAGGCACACCUCGACGGGCCUUCGGAGGGGAGGUGGCGGCGUGGCCGUCGUGUGGUUCAGGAGCGACCUCCGGGUGCUGGACAACGAGGCGCUGGCGCGCGCGUGGGCGGCCUCCGGCGCCGUCCUCCCCGUCUACUGCGUCGACCCCCGCGCCCUCGCCGGCGCCACCCACCGCUUCGGCUUCCCCAAGACCGGAGCAUUGAGGGCGCAGUUCCUGAUAGAGUGCCUGGGAGACCUGAAGCAGAAUCUCCAGAAACGCGGGCUCGACCUGCUCGUCCGGCACGGCAAGCCCGAAGACAUCCUCCCUGCGAUCGCCAAGGCCGUCAGCGCACACACAGUCUAUGCCCACAAGGAGACCUGCAGCGAGGAGCUCCUCGUAGAGCGCCUCGUGCGCAGAGGCUUGGAGCAGGUGGCCGUCCCUCGAGGACAAGGAGGAGCUUCUGGCCGGAGUAAUAAGCCUCUCAGCCCGAAGCUUCAGCUCGUCUGGGGAGCGACGAUGUACCAUGUCGACGAUCUCCCGUUCCCGGUGAGCAACCUGCCGGACGUGUACACGCAGUUCAGAAAGGCGGUCGAGUCGAAGUCCUCGGUCCGGAGCUGCGGCAAGCUGCCGCCUUCGCUCGGGCCGGCCCCGGGUUCCGGCCUCGAUGAGAUCGGAGGGUGGGGGUCGAUACCGACUCUGGAGUCACUGGGUCUAAGUGUGACAAAGUCAGAGAAGGGAAUGCGUUUCGUUGGAGGAGAGAGCGCUGCUCUCGGGAGAGUUCAUGAGUACUUCUGGAAGAAUGAUCAGCUGAAAGUCUACAAAGAGACCCGGAACGGCAUGCUUGGCCCGGACUACUCCACCAAGUUCUCCCCUUGGCUUGCUUCCGGCAGUCUUUCGCCGCGCUAUGGUUUUAUUUGAGCUGAUAUGGAGGGACUACUUCAGAUUCCUUUCAGCAAAAUAUGGGAACUCCAUUUUCCACUUAGGGGGUCCGAGAAAAGUUGUGUCCAAGUGGAGCCAAGAUCAGGCGUUGUUCGAAUCUUGGAAAGAUGGUCGGACCGGGUACCCUCUUAUCGAUGCCAACAUGAAGGAGCUCUUGGCUACUGGUUUCAUGUCCAACCGUGGCCGGCAGAUUGUCUGCUCUUUUUUGGUCCGGGACAUGGGUAUCGAUUGGCGAAUGGGAGCUGAAUGGUUUGAAACAUGCCUUCUGGAUUAUGACCCCGCUUCGAAUUAUGGCAAUUGGACAUAUGGAGCAGGAGUUGGCAAUGAUCCACGAGAAGAUCGAUACUUCAGCAUCCCCAAGCAAGCCAAGACAUAUGAUCCUGAUGGCGAAUAUGUCGCGUACUGGUUACCAGAGCUUCGAUCACUCGCAAAGGAAAGGAGGAACUUCCCAGGGGCCUCAUACAUCAAGCAGGUCGUCCCACUGAAAUUUGAUGGUGGGCAUCAAAGAAAAGAUCAGCAAUUCAACAGGCAGACAAGGCCAAAGAAUAUUUACAGAAGGCAAAAGUAACACAGUGUAUGUGUUGAUAAUGUAUACCAUGGAUGAAGAGUCAGUAGGAGAUGGGGCAAAUGUUACAAUAGUUGGUUCAAAAGCAAAUGAGAGGUGAAGUUUCACAAAGCUUUGGUAAAAUGUAUGUAUCAGUGACAAGGUGAGCUCAGAAGUACGGAGUAUAUGGCAAAUUUCAGGUCAA